ACCAAAGCCAAAAGAGGAGAAGCACAGAGGCGGGAUUGUUGUGUUUCUCGCGGAGCUUUCAGACUGAGGUGAGCGGCUCUGCACUUUGCGCCUCCUCCGAGUGCAUUGGAUGGAUUUCUGACGAGUGGAUGGGAUGCCAGUUUAUAGCAUCGACCGAAAAUUCCCUGACUCGUCCGGUGAUUCCAUACAGUUAUCAGCAGAAGGAGACCCAAUGACAAUGACCGACAACACCCCCCCCAAGUCGGCCAAGAAACCCCACUGGACCACCCUGGAGAUCGGCCUAAUCACGGUCGUCUCCUUAUUCUUCAUUGUCAUCAUGGCCCUCGUCAUUUUCUAUGCCACACAGAGGACCGAAGAAAUCUGCACUACAGCUGACUGUACUCAGUCAGCGGCUCGCCUGCUCCAGAACAUGGACACCAGCACGGAUCCUUGCGACAACUUUUACCAGUACGCUUGCGGCGGCUGGCUCAAAAAGAACCUCAUCCCAGAUACCAGCUCAAGAUACGGCACCUUUGACGUCUUACGGGAGGAACUGCAGGUCAUUCUUAAAGGUGUUCUUGAAAAAAACGUGGAAGGAGAAGCAGAAGCUCUCACAAAGGCUAAGACCCUUUAUAAAUCCUGUACCAAUGAGAGUUUAAUUGAGAAAAGAGGGGGUGUGCCUUUGCUCAAAAUGCUUCCUGAUGUGUUUGAGUGGCCAAUGGCUGUAGACAACUGGGACACGGACUAUGGUGCAACAUGGAGACUGGAGGACGUCAUUGCUAAGUUGAAUGUGAAAUAUAGACGUGAACUCUUGGUUGUCAUGUUUGUCUCUACCGACGACAAGGACUCCAAGUCGCACAUCAUUCAUUUUGACCAGCAAAGCUUGGGCCUCUGGACCAGAUCUCACUAUGCUUGUAACGGUUCCUACGAAGAGGCAUGUCAGGCCUACGAGCAGUUCAUGUUUGACCUGGUAAAGCUGAUCCGCACAGACCGGGGUCUGUCCUUCAACGAGACGCUGGUCAGAGAGGAAAUGACGCGAGUAACCGACCUGGAACGAGACAUUGCCAAUGCUAUUGAGUCCGUGGAGUAUCGCAGCGAUCCAAUGUUGCGUUACCACAAGAUGGAACUUGGAGAUAUGAAUGCCAAUUUCACCCUUGAGGUUGAAUCACAGGUGUUCAACUGGUCUUAUUUUGUGGCUAAAAUAAUGAAUACCGUCAACAUCACUGUGACUGACACAGAGAAGGUCAUAAACUUCUGCCCCGAGUAUUACAGAGGCCUUAAGAUAAUCUUGGCCAAAUACACAAAGAGGGAUUUGCAGAACUACCUGGUGUGGCGUGUUGCUAUGAACAUGGUUAUGCGCCUCAGUACAGCAUACAGAGAUACUGAAAAAGUAUUCAGAAAGGUUCUGUAUGGCGUGACAUCAGAGGCAGUGGCGUGGCGAUUUUGUACGGUUUAUGUCAAUAGUAACAUGGAUAAUGCAGUGGGGCGACUGUAUGUGCAAGAGGCCUUCUCCAAAAACAGCAAACAACUGAUGGAAGAGAUGAUCAAAGAGAUUCAGGAAGUUUUCAUCAGGAACCUCCACGAACUGACCUGGAUGGAUCCCGACACCAAGAAAGCAGCCGAGCAAAAGGCUCGAGCGAUCAAGGAACAAAUUGGCUACUCUGAGGACAUCAUGGACGACAAAUACCUCAAUGACGAGUACAAAGAUCUGCACUACAGUGAGGAGGAGUUCUUUGAAAACAGCCUGCGUAUCAUGGAGUACAUGCAAAGGAAACGCCUGGAGAAACUCAGGGAGAAAGUCAACAAAGACGAGUGGGUUUCGGGAGCGGCUGUCAUUAAUGCUUUCUACUCAACUAGAAUAAACCAUAUAGUAUUCCCUGCUGGUAUCCUGCAGCCACCGUUCUUCAGUCAAGGCCAGGCCAAAUCUCUCAACUACGGAGGAAUCGGCACAGUCAUCGGUCAUGAGAUCACGCACGGCUUCGACAACACAGGUAAGAAAUAUGACGAGAAUGGCGACCUGAGGGACUGGUGGACACCCGACUCGGCUCAAAACUUCUUGGAACUGUCCAAGUGUAUCGUGGAUCAGUACAGCAACUUCACAUGGGACCUGCUCAAUGGACUUCACUUAAAUGGUAACCUCACCCUGGGUGAGAACAUUGCUGAUAACGGUGGAAUACGGCAGGCCUAUCAGGCCUACAAGAACUAUGUGAGCAAACAUGGGGAGGAGCCACGACUGCCAGGAAUGAACCUUUCCCACGAUCAACUCUUCUUCCUCAACUUUGCUCAGGUGUGGUGUGGAACACAACGCCCAGAAGACGCUAAGAAUUCCAUGGAAAGUGAACACAGUCCAGGAAAAUUCAGGGUCUUGGGCUCUCUUCAGAAUUUCCCUGAAUUUGCCAAAGCGUUCAGCUGCAACAAGAGCAGCUACAUGGUCCCUGACAACGUGUGCCAGCUGUGGUGAUCCGCAAAGCUCUCAGACAAUGUCUGACACUAAAACCCCCGCCCCUUUACUUGACUGUUGGGCGACGGGCGACAAGGAGGGAGUGGUAAGAGCUCUCACCCGGAUUGAGCAGGACUAUGUACUUCCUGAGAGAAAAGCAGCAGACUGUUCAUCUACCACUCUUUCAUCCAGUUAGCAUCACUAUUGUCUUCACUGAAUGCAAACAAUAUUUUGUUCAUUUUAGUUGUUCCUUAUGUGUGAGUCUGCCAAGGAAUGCUGUACUUGAGAGGUUGGAGGCGAUCCAACCCACUGGCUGAAAAAUACACCAAACACCCACUCACACACAUAGCCAUAGAGGGAUGAACAACUGUACUGUAUGUGGGACUGUCUUCAAUGUACAAGCACACAGUCGUGGUCAAAAGUUUACAUACACUUGUAAAGAACAUAAUGUCAUGGCUGUCUUGAGUUUCCAAUCAUUUCUACAACUAUUAUUUUUUUGUGAUAGAGUGAUUGGAGCACAUAUUGUUGGUCACAAAAAACAUUCAUGAAGUUUGGUUCUUUUAUGAAUUUAUUAUGGGUCUACUGAAAAUGUGACCAAUUCUGCUGGGUCAAAAGUAUACAUACAGCAAUGUUAAUAUUUGUUUACAUGUCCCUUGGCAAGUUUCACUGCAAUAAGGCGCUUUUGGUAGCCAUCCACAAGCUUCUGGCAAGCAUCUGGUUGAAUUUUUGUUUCAUCUGACCACAGAACUUUCCUCCGGAAGGUUUUAUCUUUGACCAUGUGAUGUCAGAUUAAACAAAAAUUGAGCUGUUUGGCCACAAUACCCAGCAAAAUGUUUGGAGGAGAAAAGUUGAGGCCUUUAAUCCCAGGAACACCAUUCCUACCGCCAAGCAUGGUGGUGGUAGUAUUAUGCUCUGGGCCUGUUUUGCUGCCAAUGGAACUGGUGCUUUAUGGAAAGUAAAUGGGACAAUGAAAAAAGAGGAUUACCUCCAAAUUCUUCAGGACAACCUAAAAUCAUCAGCUCGGAUGUUGGGUCUUCGGCGCAGUUGGGUGUUCCAACAGGACAAUGACCCCAAACGCUUGUCAAAAGUAGUAAAGGAAUGGUAUGUAUGUGCUCCAAUCACUCUAUCACAAAAAAAUAAGAGUUUUAGAAAUUAUUGAAAACUCAAGACAGCCAUUAUGUUCUUUACAAGUGUAUGUAAACUUUUGACCACGACUGUACAUACAUUAGUUUAGGUACAUUUUUACAGAAAGUAUUUACUCGGGAUUUACACAAUGCUUCUCUAUGUUUGACGUGAGCCAGCGUCAAUGUGCGUCUGCUGUUCAUUAUCACUCAAAGAAAUAAGCCAGCGGAUGCUUUUUGCCUUUUUAAGAUCUACUUACCAGUCAUUGAGAUGACAAUCGCCAGACUCUGUGUACAUGUCACGGUUGAUAAUUGCCAAUGCCUUACAUGACCUGUCUGCUGCACUUACAGUAGAUCAGAGGCGCAUUCUAAUGGGGUACAAUACAGCAGUUGAAAAUCAUAGUUACAGUAGGAAAUACAUUCAUAUGGCUCCAUUCCUCGGUGGAUCUCCCGUUAGAGCAGACCUGGGCAAAUUAAGCGCGGGGGGGCCGCAUGCAUAUGAUAUUCAUAUGUUGUCAAUAUUCAGUGUUUUAUCGUUUAUAGUUAAGCUUUUCAAUCUGGCCCGCCGGACAUUCCCCCAAAAUCUUUAAGAUGGAAACUGUAGCUGCCAUUAUGCCAUUAUACAAGGGCAGUCCAUUGUGUAAACCAGACCUGGGCAAAAUGCGGCCCGCGGGCCACAUGCGGCCCAUUAAGAUUUUCAAUCCGGCCCGCCGGACGUUCUACAUCAUUUUUUUAGACCUUUAACAUCAAAACUGUUGCCGCCAUUAUAAUGUGCAGUGAUGUUUUCAAAUGAGCGUAAGUCUUGAACUAUAGAAAGUAUUUCAAUGGUUGGAAUCUGCGCUCUUGCAUGAUAUACUAGUUAUAGUAUUUUUCGGACUAUAAGUCGCUCUGGAGUAUACGUCGCACCGGCCGAAAAUGCAUAAUAAAAAAGGAAAAAAACAUAUAUAAGUCGCACUGGAGUAUAAGUCGCAUUUUUUGGGGAAAUGUAUUUGAUAAAACCCAACACCAAGAAUAGACAUUUGGAAGGCAAUUUAAAAUAAAUAAAGAAUAGUGAACAACAGGCUGAAUAAGUGUACGUUAUAUGACGCAUAAAUAACCAACUGAGAACGUGCCUGGUAUGUUACCGUAACAUAUUAUGGUAAGAGUCAUUCAAAUAACUAUAACAUAUAGAACAUGCUAUACCAGGGGUCGGCAACCUUUACCACUCAAAGAGCCAUUUUAACGAAUUUCACAAAUUAAAGAAAACAAUGGGAGCCACAAAACUCUUUUGAAAAUUUUAAAUGAUAUAACACUGCAUACAAAGCUUUUUUUGCUAUGUUUUAACCAAGGGUCUCAGACACACGCCCCGCCCACACCUUAAUAUGAAAUUUAAUGAUAGUGCGGCCCGCGAGUUUGUAAUGAAUGGCGCAUGUAAAUGUCAUACUUGCCAAUCUUCACAAUUUUUCCGGGAGACUACCGAAUUCCAGGGUGUGAUGACACUGCUUUUAGCGCCCUCUACAGUAUGCUCAAACAGCGCAUUUGCUCGGGUACAUGUUGAAUGCAGCUUUGGCUUGCAUACGUUAGAGACAG